AUGGAUCCUGCUGGGGUUCCGCUGCAUGAUAGUUUGGAUCUCGCCUCUAUUGUGGCCCAGCAGGCACAGCAGUUGAGCCAGUUGUCUGCCAUGAUGCAGCAGUUGCUAACUGCUCAACAACAACUGCAACUGCUACAGCCUCCUCCUGCUCCAGUGUUGCCUUCCGCUCCUGCAGUCGUCUCCAGAUCUAAACUCCGCCUGUCUCUUCCUGAGAAGUAUGAGGGGAUCCCAAGUCCUGUGAAGAUGCCUCCAUCGAUACUAAGAAGGCGGACAGUGGAUAAAGAGGAUGAGGAUACACAGCACAAGUCUGAACGAAGGGUACAUUUUAGGAACCCCGAAGCAAUCUACAUCCAUGCUAGCCAUCAUUGUUCCGGUGGUCUUCAGCUCCCCGUCAUCAUCGGUGUUUGCAUUUUGACGAUCCUGGGACUGAUUUUCUAUUGUCAUGACUUGCAGCUGGGAUCCAACACAUUCAAUUCAAGCUUCGUAGUCUUCAUUCUCCGCCUGAAACACAAUGCAGCAAUCUGCUGGAAAUUUUUAAAAGAAGCAACAAUGAAAUAAUGGCAGAACAUGGGAACAAUAUUACAGGACUGAGUAAAGUUCUUCCAUACAGCUGUAGAGUUUAGCAACAUUGUUCUGUGGCAGAAAACAUCACUGAAAAUCUCCAACUUGUGCCCAACAGGGUCCCAUUCAAUCUAUUUGGCAAUCUAUUAAUAGGUGCUUGAAAGAAUUAAACAAAGCGAUGGAAGAUGGAGUCCUGCAGCAAGAUGGACCCAAAAUAAAGAUGGGUUAUUCUGGACACCACCAUUGAUAUGGUGACUAGAGGAUAAGUAAUGAAUGCUAGAUCACUGGAUGUCUCAUUGCUGGAAAACCUACUAGCACAAGGCCAGCCUUUCUUUUUCCUCACUAGCACAUCUACAGUGAGAUGGUGUAUUGGGUGACGGUUAAAGGGGUACUCCAGUGGAAAACAAUUAUAUUUUAAAUCAACUGGUUUCCAAAAAGUUAAACAGAUUUGUAAAUUACUUCUAUUUAAAAAGCUUAAUCC